CUCCGAAGAUGCGAGUGUGUCUCCUUGGAGUGAGAAACGUUGAGUCCAGGCUGAACCGUUGGACCUCAGCAUGUCGAGGAAGUCUUGAUGUGUUCUCGCCAGCUUGAUAUCGGACUAGUUCGGCUCAGCUCGUGUCCGCUCGGUUUAUUUUCAUCCCAACCUCCACCGGAGCGGAGCGAAUCCCCAUCCGGAUUGUAUGCUUUAGUGUCGGACGAUCGGCACCGAACCCACCGGGAACCGGGACGGAACUCGGAGCCGCGACCGGAUCUGGCGGAGGUCUGAGAGCUUUGAGGCCCGGGACAGAUACCGAGCCGGUGGUUGCAGUGGAGCCGGGUUGUGGUGCACCGCUGGCGGCUGGAGCUCCAGCCUGCACCCCGCUGGACGGAGGAGCGAACCGGAGCCAUGUACCAGGUCCAGGGGAAAGGGGAAAGGGUCGUUGCCAUGGUGCUGAAGGAGCUUCCUGCCAAAAAGGCCUCCUCAGAAGGAAACCCCCUCCUCACCGUGACAACCAAGAUGGUCCGGGAGCAGCAGGAGAGUCGACCCCUGCUGAGUCCCUCCAUCGAUGACUUCCUGUUGGAGAGCCGGAGCGACGCCCCCUCCACUCGACCCCUGACCUCCAACACAGCAGUUCUCUCCACAGCUGUGGACCUGGUGGACCUCAGCGAGCCGCCGGACAGCAGUGAAGGUGCUGGGAGCGGCAAUAAGUACCAGAGGACGAGUCCUCUGAGGAGAAAGGACUCCAGGAGCCCUCGCCAUCGCACGAGACCAGACGAGACGGAGCUGAUCCAGGUGGAGGUGGAGCACCUGCCGGCCAGCCCCAGGACCCCCGAGAGGACCUCUGAGGACUCAGGCAGCCGGUCAACCCAGCAGGACCGAUGGGACGAGGUGAAGCUGGACGUGGAGGACGGGGCACUCAGGAGAAGACACGAGAGGAGGUGCACCUCCCACCACUCCUCCAGCGAGCUGCUGUGGUCCGCAGAGUUUAAAACGGAUCCUCUCGCCAAGAACUCAUUCGACAUCCACAGCUUCAACGCCCUGGACUUUGCAUCUUCACCACAGCAGCACAGACGGACUCGUUCUCUUCUGGCUGGAAACGAGUCUCUGGAGGACGAGUUUGUCAGAGCGAAAGCUGCUGUGGAGUCCGACACAGAGUUCUGGGACAAGAUGCAGGCCGAGUGGGAGGAGCUUGCCCGGAGGAACUGGCUUGAGGAGUCUGAGGAUCAGGGUCCGCCCCCCCCCACCGUCACACCUGUGGAGAAGAGUUACUGCUUCAGCACCAACAACCCGUACAGAGACGCGCCCAGCGCCUUCUCCGAGGCCCAGGACCGCGCCCGGGAGGGCGACCUGAACGCCGCCGUGCUGCUGCUGGAGGCCGCCAUCCUGCAGGACCCGCAGGACUCCGAGGCGUGGCAGGUCCUCGGGACGACGCAGGCGGAGAACGAGAACGAGCAGGGCGCCAUCGCGGCGCUGCAGAGGUGUCUGGAGCUCCGCCCCAACAACCUGCCGGCACUGAUGGCGCUCGCUGUCAGCUUCACCAACAGUGGAGAGCAGCGGGGGGCCGGCGCCGCCCUGCGCCGCUGGCUCAGCCACAACCCACGCUACAAGCACCUGGUCCCGCCUCACAGGGCCGCCCGCCCCCCCACACCGGCCAGGGCUGAGCUGCAAGACGUCCUGCAUCUCUUCCAGGAGGCGGCCAUCUUGAAUCUGGAAGACGUGGAUCCGGAUCUGCAGACCGGACUCGGAGUUCUUUUUAACCUCAGCUCUGACUUCAGCAGAGCGGUCGAGGCCUUCAGCGCGGCGCUGUCAGUCAGACCACAGGACUACCUGCUGUGGAACCGCCUGGGAGCGACGCUGGCUAAUGGAGACCGCAGUGAGGAGGCCGUGGAGGCGUAUAAGAGAGCCCUGGAACUACAGCCCGGAUUCAUCCGGUCCAGAUACAACCUGGGGAUCAGCUGCAUCAACCUUGGGGCUCACAGGGAGGCAGUCAGUAACUUCCUGACGGCCCUGAACCAGCAGAGGCGGAGUCAGCAAUGCAGCCAUCAGCAGAUGUCGGCCAAUAUCUGGGCUGCUCUGCGAAUCGCCGUCUCCAUGAUGGACCGACCCGAGCUGAUCCAGGCCGCCAACGCCGGGGACCUGGACCUGCUGACGAGGGCCUUCGAGGUGGUGCCUACCUGCCAAAGAAGGCCACCUUCAUGUGUCUCCGGACCAGAACCUCCUUGAUGGUCCACAGCUUGGUGG